AUGAGUGACGACGAUUAUAUGAACAGCGAUGACGACAACGACGCCGAAAAAAGAUACGUAAGGCCAAUUUUCGUCAGAAAGCGCAGGAGAGAAGAAGACUACGUUGCAACUAGCAAAGACAACAUCCACCACCACCCAUGCGAUUGGUCCGCGAAACCAUCGCAACGUCAAAACGAAAAUGAGCAAAAAAGCACCAUACGGCUUGUACCAGUGGCGAUGAAUACGCCGAAGUGUCAAGAGAAAAAAAAGAAAAGAAAGGGCGUUGGUACAACUAGUCAUGAGGCUACGCUUUUCGAGUACGGUGAAAGCAUAGCAGGCUACAAGUGUGUUACAACCGAGAGCGAAAGAGACCGCUUGAAACGAAGUCAUGAAAGCGAAAGCAGCAGUGAAAGCGAGGUAGACGUUUUCGCCUUUGACCAGGCAAAAGGUAUCAGCUCUAAGGUUGAAGCCGAAGAACGCUACGCGCGGGCCGUUCGACAGUAUUGGCGCAUGACCAAAGACGAGCCGGCUACCUUACCACUGCCAGGCACACCUACCCUAGCGGCUGUGAGUUUAGAUAUGAUUGAUGACAAAAGCGUAGAACAAUUUUACACAAUGAGCAGUGCCUUGAUGGAUGCAAACAGACUAGACUUGAUUCGCCGCGAUAGAAUCCGGUGGCACCCGGACAAACAUCGUUAUCAUAAGUCCAAAGUCACAAAACUGUUUCAGGCCAUUAACGGCCUGUGGGAGCAAGAAAAGACCGAGAAAAGGUAA